AGUACUAAUAUAUCAUUAAUCAUAUGUGUGAUAUAGCUGUUAAUAUGGGAACUAACAUGUAAUUUAACCUGUAAUGCUGGCUUAAUGCAAUGCUCGUUUAAUUCUGUGUUGUCAUUUCUUGUCAUUGUAGAUAUGGCUUUUGCAAACUUUAAAUUAACCACAUCGCAGCAGCUUGUCAUGCGGGCCUCUGGUGAGGCAGUGGCCUUCGUCGCUGCUAAGGGGCCACGCGGGACCGCCCCUGCUGCUGCAAAGGCCAAGAAGCCGGAGGAGGUGGAGAAAGAGGCCCAGGCCCUCGUCGUCUCCAAGGGUGGUGACCCUGGUAAUGGCAUGCUGGUGCUGGGCUGCUACAGCAUCCAGUUUGGUAUGUACCGGGGUCAAACGUUCCGUUGGCUCCUGGAGAAUGACGUGGGCUACACCACGCAGUUGGUUGCCAGCCACCAGCGAGAGCGGGAGAAAAGUGCCUCCGACAGCCCCCUUAUGGCCAACAAGGAUGCACUCGUCCGGUACGCGUGCGCCCACCCUGCUUUUGUGGAGCAGCUGAGGUUCCACCGGUUGUACGAGGAGGCCCGGGCUCGUGCCUCUCAGCCCGGGUGUGAGGGCGAGGCGCUUGUUGGCUUUGGGGACUACAAGGAGGUCACCCUGAAGGACCUGUACAGCUCCGAAAAGAAGAAGCACCAGAACUUUGUCAAGUACCUACGGCGGAUGACACCGCAGCCUGGGACCACGAUGUACACCGCCAAGACGUACAUUCUGGCCCGAGACAAGGAGCGGUCGGCAGAGGCGGCUGCUUCCCCCCACCUCCCACAACCAGCAGCUCCAGCAGUGACCCCAGCAAGGCUGCUUCCAAUGCGGUGCCGCCACAAAAGCCGAUCGCUCCCAUGUUGUCGGGCCUACUUGGAAAACGUCCAAUGGACCCAGGUAAGCUGCAGGCCAAGGUCAGGAAGCUGAUGAGCACGUCAGUACGGCCUGCAGUUUCAGUGGUGUCUACAUCCGUCAGAGACCAGCGCCCCUCGUUGCCGCCCCCCACUACAGAGGUGACGGACGAGGAACUGGUCCAGAUGGCAACUGACUUAGAAACGGGUAACUGGCACCACACUGGACGUGUCAAACAUUUGCUUUCAAUACGUUAAUAUUCUUCUGUCAGUAUUUGUGUAUUAACUGUAAUGGUUUCAUUUAUCAGUCUUUACAGCUGAUGCUUGAAGGACAAAGGUAGGUUUGUCAGGUGAUGUAGCCGUCUUUAUCGAUGGUAGAUGUGCCGUCCUCACUCAUGUAGUGGCAAUGUAGAUUUGCUUAAACACUUUCGCAUGUCUACUCUCCUUGGCCCUGCUUGCUGCAUCUCUUAACAUUCACGUUGUAGCACUAAACCAUCUGCCCUAUCACUGGCAUGCUGCACGUCAUCGAAUCACUGGCGGUUGCAUAACUAAUCGUAACUAAUCGUUUGCAGAAUUAAAGUUAUUGUUUACAUCAUAUACGUGUGUGUGUAUUGUGUAUAAUAAUUCUGUAUAUAUAAAUACACACACAUGCAUGUAAAAUUUUAAGAAACAAUUAUUUGUGUAUAUUAAGUUUUCAUAUCUGUCUAAUAUAAAUUAUAUAUAAAUAUAAAAGUGUAUAUACACAUGUAAAUAUUACUUACAUAUAUACAUGCAUGUGUGUGUAUUUAUUUAUAUAUACAUACUUAUUAUACACAAUACACACAUAUAUAUGAUGUAAGCAAAAACUUUAAUUCUGCAAGCGAUUAGUUGUUAUGCAGCCCUAAGUCAUCAACACUCAAACUCACUUAGUCUUGCCUGUCUGUGUGUCGCCCUGUGACUAUCAUUGUGCUGAUGCCAUUUUGUUGUGUGUGAAUGUGUCUGAAGCUCAAGUACAGGUCCUUCAGGUUCUCCCGCUGGUGGUGAGGCCUCCAUCUCCACCUCCUCCUUCGGCAUUGUCCUCCAUACCUCCCCCACCGCCGCCACCACCACCUCAAGUUGCGGCUGCUCCGGCUACUCUUGCGGUUCCGGUGUU